UUGAAAAACUCUAACAAAAAUGGGAAUUGUAUCGAGUCUAUUAGCAAAGAUGCCAUUGCCCAUUAAAACCUUUUUCAAAUUAUCUUCAGAACCAUCUGACUUUCCGCAGGCUCAAGGAGAAGGUUUUGCUACGGGAAUAAUCGACUUAGGAGGAUUAGAAGUUUGUCAAGUGUCGUCAUUCAACAAAAUAUGGGCCAUCCACGAAGGGGGACCGGACAAUCAAGGUGCAACGUUUUAUGAACCAUCUCCAAUACCCGAUGGAUAUAUUGUGCUUGGUCACUAUAGCCAAUGCAACAACAAGCCUUUAUUCGGUUGGGUACUUGCUGGCAAGCCUAGUACAAAUGACUCCUCAUCGCUUGCCAUGCCGAUUGACUACUCACUCAUCUGGAGUAGCGAGUCUCAAAAGAUAAAACAAGACAACAACGGGUACAUUUGGCUCCCCAUGGCUCCCGAGGGCUACAAAGCCGUUGGGUAUGUCGUCACGGCCUCACCAGAAAAGCCAUCAAAGGAACGGAUCCGAUGUGUUCGAUCAGAUUUUACCGAAGUGAUUGAGGUUGAUAAGUGGAUUUGGGGUUUAAAAAAUGAUAUGGACCCUAAUGGGUUUAAUGUGUAUGGGUCAAGGCCCAAAGAUAGGGGUGUCCAAGCCAAAGGUGUUUCAACAGGUUCAUUUCUAGUCCAAAACAUUGGUGGUUCAACUAGCUUGUCUUUACCAUGUUGCUUAAAGAAUACAAAUGAUACACUUUUGUCCAUGCCCAAUCUAGCCCAAAUUGAGUCUUUAAUUCAAACUUACUCACCAAUAAUAUAUUUUCACCCUGAUGAGCAAUAUCUCCCUUCUAGUGUUAGUUGGUAUUUUCAAAAUGGAGCCUCGUUGUACAAAAAAGGGCUCGAAAAUAUGCCUAUCAAGGUCGAACUUGAUGGUUCAAACCUCCCCCAAGGUGGUUAUGACGAUGGCUCAUGUUGGCUAGACCUCCCAACUGACAAUUCCGCUAAAGAAAAAGUGAAGAAAGGUAAUUUAGAGAGCGCGAACGCUUAUUUUCACAUAAAGCCCAUGUUUGGCGCAACAUUUACAGAUAUCGCCAUAUGGGUAUUUUACCCGUUUAACGGGCCCGCAAGGGCAAAAGUGGAAUUUGUUAACAUUUCACUAGGGAAAAUAGGUCAACAUGUUGGUGAUUGGGAGCAUUUGACAUUAAGAGUGAGCAACUUUGAUGGUAGUUUAAAAUGUGUCUAUUUUUCGGAACAUAGUGGUGGCACAUUGCUAGAUGCAUCACAAGUUGAGUUUGAAAAUGGAAAUAAACCGGUCGCAUAUGCUUCUUUAAAUGGUCACGCGUUUUAUUCAAAACCAGGACUUGUUAUACAAGGGAAAGGCGGAAAUGGGAUAAGAAAUGACACGGCUAAAGGGAAGGCGAUGAUGGACACUGGGGUCAGAGCAACAAUCAUUGCCGCCGAGCAUUUAGGCACGGUUGUAGUGGAACCACCAUGGUUAAACUAUAGUGGAAAAUGGGGUCCAAAGUUGAGUUAUGAAGUUGCAAAGGAGAUAAAGAAAAUUAAGAAGGCUUUGCCUUGGAAGCUAAAAGAUGCAUUUGAGAAACUUGUAAGUGGUAUUCCGAAUGAGGUUCUAGGGGAAGAAGGUCCAUCUGGUCCUAAAAUGAAAAAUAGUUGGAAUGGCGAUGAGAAAUACUAAGUGAUAUAUAUGUCGGGUUUUAUAUGGAUAGUUUUUGACUUUUACGUAUCAACUAAUUACAAACAUGUAAUUACAC